CCGUGGUUUCUUCUUUGACAUUUACUUAUUUGCUUCGUAGUGAACUCUUCCAUCUUUUUAAGAAAGUGAUCUGGCCAAGUUUCAUACGUCCACUCUGAAGAGUGUCGGUAAGGAGGGCUCCUAUGCCCAAACCCCAUUGCCAUUCCUAACUAACAAUAACGAGGGAUACUAUGCCCAAACCCCAUUGCCAUUCCUAACUAACAAUAAUGAGUACGGAAACUCUUCCUUCCACGGCAAAGCGAUCAAAAUCACAACGAUACUGAGACCGUGAUGAAGAUGUGAAGUCGAACUAGGAAAUAAGGGGAAAUUAUCGCAAAUGCUAACAAGCUAAUGAUCCAAAUAUGGUUUGCAGCAUUCACAUUUUAGUUUUGGUAAUAAAUCGAUCCUAUUUUUUGUGUUUUGAUUCAUGGCCUUUGAUAUCUAAUUGUAAGGAACGUAGAACUGAGAUUGAUCAACGUUAUUUGGUCAUUAUUUAUCAUCAAAUUUGCAGUUUAAGUGUUGGUACAGACACCAUCACAUCAUCUCAAUAUAUCAAGAUCAAGGGCCCUGAAACUCUAAUCUCCAAAGAUGGUAACUUCACCUUGGGAGUUUUUAGCCCUAAAAACUCUACAAAACGAUACGUUGGAAUUUGGUGGAAGCUUCAAUCUACAGUCAUAUGGGUGGCAAACAGAAACCAACCACUAAAUGAUUCUAAUGGGAUUAUCACAAUAUCUGAAGAUGGCAAUCUUGUGAUAUUAAAUGGACAAGAACAAGUCGUAUGGUCAUCAAAUGUUUCCAACAUUGGAUCAAAUACAAGAUCUGAAUUUUCAGAAUUUGGUAACCUCGUUCUUUCGGAGAGCACAACGGGGAAAAUCUUAUGGCAGAGUAUUCAGCAUCCUUCAGAUACAUUACUGCCGAGCAUGAAACUUUCAACCAACAAAAGAACAGGUACGAGUAUAAAAAUCAAAUCAUGGAAAAGUCCUACUGACCCAUCCAUUGGAAACUUUUUUUGUAGUACUGUUGAACGCCUACACAUAAUUGAAGUGUUCAUUUGGAAUGGAACUCGGCCAUAUUGGCGCAGCGGUCCCUGGAAUGGCAGGGUCUUCACUGGAAUACAAUCAAUGACAGUUGGAUAUUUUUUUGGUUUUCAAGGAGGAGAUGAUGGUGAAGGGAAUACUAACAUAUAUUUUACAAUACCAAAUGAUGAGAAUUUUUUGAUCUAUCGCCUGAGCUCACAAGGAAAAUUAGAAGAAAUGUGGUGGGAUGAUGAAAGGAAAGAAAUGCAAGUUACAUGGACAAGCUGGGAUUCCGAGUGUGAUGUAUACGGUAUAUGUGGGGCAUUUGCAAGCUGUAAUUCAUUGAGUUCCCCAAUAUGUAGCUGUUUGAGAGGGUUUGAACCCAGAAACAUACAAGAAUGGAAUAGACAUGACUGGACUGGUGGGUGUGUUCGGAGGACACGUUUACAGUGUGAAAGGGUUGUCAAUAAAACCACAAGUACAAAGGAGGACGUGUUUUUGAAAUUGCAAAAGGUUAAAGUUCCAGAUUUUGCAGAAGGCGUAGCUGUUACACCAGAAAUGUGCAUAAGCAUAUGCUUGAGUAAUUGCUCUUGCACUGCGUACUCUUUUGCUGAUGGGAUUGGUUGUAUGUCUUGGACCGGCAAUCUACAUGACAUACAGCAACUCCAAGAUGGAGGACUUGAUCUAUUUGUUCGUGCAGCCUAUGUAGAACUUGAUCAAGAGAGAAACAUGACAAUAAUCAUUAUAACUACGGUGAUAAUUGGAACUUUCAUAAUUGUCAUUUGUGCAUAUAUCAUGUGGAGAAGGACAUCAAACCAACCAGCUAAACAGUGGCUCUUUACUAAAUCAGCAAGGAAAAAGAACAACAAAGCUUUCCAACUAUUUAAUAAAGGUGGAUCACCAGAAGGUUAUGCUAGUGACAACGUAAUUGGAGAAAUGUCCCAUGUUAAACUUCAAGAGCUAUUAAUGUUUGAUUUUGAAAAGCUUGCAUCUGCCACAGACAACUUCCACUUGUCCAACAAGCUUGGACAAGGUGGUUUUGGUCCAGUAUACAAGGGGAAACUGCAAGAUGGUCGAGAAAUAGCCGUUAAAAGACUUUCUAGAGCAUCUGGACAAGGGCUGGAGGAAUUCAUGAAUGAAGUAGUGGUGAUUUGUAAGCUUCAACACCGCAAUCUUGUAAGACUCAUUGGUUGCUGUAUCGAAGGUGAUGAAAAGAUGUUGAUGUAUGAGUACAUGCCAAACAAAAGUUUGGAUGCAUUCAUCUUUGAUCCAUCAAAAAAUAAUCUCCUAAAUUGGAGUACACGGUAUAACAUAAUAGAAGGAAUAGCUCGUGGAUUGCUAUAUCUUCACAGAGAUUCUAGACUAAGAAUUAUUCAUAGAGAUUUGAAGGCAAGUAAUGUCUUGUUAGACGAGGAGCUAAAUCCAAAAAUAUCAGACUUUGGUAUGGCUAGAAUCUUUGGAGGGGGAGUAGAUCAAGCCAAUACUAGCAGGAUUGUUGGAACCUAUGGCUAUAUGUCUCCUGAAUAUGCAAUGCAAGGAUUAUUUUCAGAGAAAUCAGAUGUUUUUAGCUUUGGUGUUUUGUUACUAGAGAUUCUUACGGGGAGAAGGAACUCAAGUUUUUGUGACAAUGAGCAUUCACUGAGCCUUUUGGGUUUUAUCUGGAUUCAAUGGAGAGAAAACAAUAUUUUAUCUCUAAUAGAUCGAGAAAUAUAUGAUCCUUGUCAUCACAGUUACAUUUUAAGGUACAUACAUAUAGCACUUUUGUGCGUACAAGAACUUGCUGUAGAUAGGCCUACUAUGGCUGCAGUAAUUUCUAUGCUUAACAGUGAAGCUGCAUUACUUCCUCCUAGUAAGCCUGCUUUUAUUCUGAUGGAGAAUAUGUUGAACUCAAAGCGGCCUGAAGAAUGUCAAAGUGUUUCUUCCAUCAAUACUGUCAGUAUUACAGAUAUCUGUGGCAGAUAGUUCACUAAGGGCUCUAGAAAAUGUUUAGAUAUCCGGAUAUUUAGAAAAUGUAGUUGGGUUGUUUAGAAAAUAUAAAAGCGUAAUAUAAUAUAAAAAAUUGUGAGCCCUAUUUAAAGAACCAAAGUGGGAAUGGUGGGUGUGGAUGCUCUAAGUGCUGUGAGAAAAGUGGGAAUGGUGGGUGUGGAUGCUCUAAGUGCUGUGAGAAAGGUUUAUAAUGUCUUAUAUAAUGUCAAUGCUAGAAACUUUGUACUUGAUAUUUGUUGUGAGAUAAGAAAAAACUCUAGUAUAAUAAAAGAUGCAUUGCAUAGUGUAAA